CCCCUCAGAGGCUCGGUGCAGAGCAGGGCCCGGGUUCUGCCUCUGCACGGCCGCUGGCCCUCACGCAGGUGAGCCGCAGCGACGGGACAGCGCUCCGCUCCCCCGCCGGGCACCUCCUUCCCUCGGCACAGAGCUUCUAUCCUUUCCUCCGCAGGCUCCUCCCGGAGAAAGCCGGAUUCCCCGUCGAGUCGCCGCCAUGGCCUCCGUCCCGUCCGCCGGCUGCCUCCUGGCCAAGAAUCAGUACUACAGGACAAGACUGAACUCGGAAUCCAGCGUUUCUUCCAGCUCCUCCUGCUGUUUGGAUGCUGUGAACAUCACAGACCAGGACAAAGCAUUGCAUGGGUUACCAGAGUUAAUUGAUAAACAUUGGUGGAUAAAAAACUUCUUCCACAGUGAACCCUCUCCACCCACUGUUGGCAGAAAAACACUCUCAGCAAGCAGUACCAACAGUUGAAAAGGACAGCAUGAUGGCUUUUCUGACUGAGAUGCUACAUACAGACUUGUUUUUCCAAGAGGCUUGGGAUCUUCCUAAUGUCUGGGUUCAGCUGCAAGAGGAAAACAAAACCUUUAGGAGAGUGGAAAAGUGUAUUUUCAAAAUAUUUUUUCAGUAGCUAAAAUGAUAUUGCUUAAUGUAUGUAUCCAUGGCCUACUGUGUUCUUUCCAGAUUUGCCAUAAUUUGUGAUGUCUCUCUAAUGAAAGUUUCCAGGAAUAAACAUCCUGAGGACUCAAAUAAUUAGAGAAAAGUGACAGAAAAAAUAAGACAUCAUAGAUUUAGGAGGAAGAUGUGUAUUGAAUGACUUUGCAAUAGGUGAUUCAGUUAAGUUGCCUUUAAGAUACCAGCUCUAUAGGCAGUCACACUGAUGUAAGCAAGAUUAAGAUCUAUAAUUCAGAGUAGGACUGCUGUGUGGCACAUGUCUUUUAUCCAGUAUUUGUGUACCAGUUACAGGGUUUAAGUUUACAAGAAUGCUUGUCAAAGCUUUGCUUUCAGAAAGCCCAGUUAUAUGAACAAGCAAUAAUCAGUUUGGUUUCUUUGAUCAAGCGGAGUGCAUAGAUCCCAACUUCAAAUACCCAGGUACCACUUUCAUUCCUACCUAUGUAUGUAUGCUGGUAUUUGAGGACAGAAUAGAGGAGAGGAACAAGAAACCAGUAAUCCUAAUAGAAACUGACCUUUUCCAAGGAUAGGAACAACCAUAAUCAGAGUUGAUACUUCUAGUUUGUUUUAGAUUUCUUCUGCCUCCUUUGUUGUGGCUUAAAGACCUACUUGUUCCUAAGUGGCAAAUUCUAUCAAUAUUCUGCUCUCUGCCAGAUUAGUUAUGAGGGCUAGAUCUGGAACAGGAUUCCACUCAAAGUAAUCACGUUAUUGUUGUUAUCCAAUGUACUUUUGUCAUGCUCUUGAAAGGCACUAUAACGCUGCAUUGCUGAAGACUAAAUGAAGCUAAUUAGUAUAACAAUUGUUCAUUCUACUGGGCAUGACUGAAACACAUCGAGGACUAUGGGAAAUAAGUAUUUGGCUGGAUUAUAACAUUUGUGACUAGUAUCUAUGCAGCUUUUUGAUGUACUGUCAUUAAACCUGCUGGAUAUUUGUCCAUCACUGGAUGAACUAACA